AUGGACUAUGAAGUCAAGAAAGGGAAAAAGGGCCCCCUGCUAAGGCUGAUGUUCCCAAAGGCUACCCGCCGCGCAGGAACAGCCGCCCGGAGCAGCGUGAGCCGCCGGCCCCUGCACUCCAUGCCCCUGUACCCGCCCGACUACCUCAUCGACCCCCAGAUCCUGCUCUGUGACUACCUGGAGAAAGAGGUCAAGUUCCUGGGCCACCUCACCUGGGUCACCUCCUCACUGAAUCCCUCCAGCCGAGAUGAGCUCCUACAGCUGCUGGACACCGCCAGGCAGCUGAAGGAGCUGCCGCUGAAAACCACGGCGGAGCAGGACAGCAUCCUGAGCCUGUCGGCCCGCUGCCUGCUGCUCACCUGGCGCGACAACGAGGAGCUCAUCCUGCGAAUCCCCACGCACGAGAUCGCCGCCGCCUCCUACCUACAGGACGACGCCCUGCACUUGCUGGUGCUUAAGACAGGUCUGGGCGUGGACCCGGUGCCUGCCGGCGUGGACGCCAGCCCUGGGGGAGCCGGGCGCGACCCGGGCCCGCCGGGCGCCGCCCCCGAGAAGCGGCGGGUGGGCACCACGGAGCGGCGCCACACCAUCUGCAGCCUGGACUGGCGGGUGGCGUGGGGCGGGGCGGCGGGGGCCGAAGCCCGGGCGGGCGGCGGCGGCAGCCUGGAGCGCCAGCGCGCCGGGCCGCGGGCGUCGGGCAGCUGGGAGCGGCGGCAGACCUUCAGCGGCGGCGCGGAGCGGCGGCCCGGCGGCGGCGGCGGCGGCACCGGCAAGCCCGGCGGCAGCUGGGAGCGGCGGCAGGCGGGCGGCGGCGGCAGCUGGGAGCGGCGCCACCCGGGCUCCAACCCCCUGGACCCGGACCCCAGCCCCGACGCCUACUGCAACCUCGUCAUCCUGGCCGUGCCCAACAGGGAUGCUGCCGAGGAGUCCUGCGCCCUCAUCUGUCAGGUCUUCCAGAUCAUCUAUGGGGACCAGAGCAUCGAGUGCGUGGACCGGGCUGGCUACCACUACACAUCCACGCCCGAAAGGCCGUGGCUCUGCAGCCGCAGUGACAGCUGCCGAACCGACGGGACAUACGCCUAUGAUGCCGACUUCAGCUGCUGCAGCUCUUUCAAUGGCUCCCAGGACACGUUUGAAGCGUGUUACAGCGGCACAUCCACACCCUCUUUCCAUGACUCCUGCUGCAGCGGCAGCGACCACAGCGCCGUGGGCCUGGAGCAGUUGCAGGAUUACAUGGUCACGUUGCGGAGUAAGCUGGGCCCCCUGGAGAUCCAGCAGUUUGCGCUGCUGCUGCGGGAGUACCGGCUGGGGCUGCCCAUCCAGGACUAUUGCUCGGGCUUGCUGAAGCUCUACGGAGACCGGCGCAAGUUCUUCCUCCUCGGGAUGCGGCCCUUCAUCCAGGACCAGGACAUUGGCUACUUCGAGGGCUUCCUGGAGGGCGUGGGCAUCCGCGAGGGCGGCAUCCUCACCGACAGCUUCGGCCGCAUCAAGCGCAGCAUGAGCUCCACGUCGGCGUCCGCGGUGCGCAGCUACGACGGCGCGGCCCAGCGGCCCGAGGAGCAGACCUUCCACCGGCUGCUGGCCGACAUCACGCACGACAUCGAGGCGCUGGCCCCCGACGAGGACAGCACGGACGAGGAGGCGCGGGGCUCCCCGGGCGGCAACGAGGCGUCGGAAGACAACUACCUGUAG